AAUAAGGAAGGCGAUGGUUGGUUGUGCUUUACAGGAUUAACUUUAGCGACACAUAGUAUUGUUACUCAAACACCGGGCAACUGGGAAGCCGCUUGCUCAUUUUAGAUAGUAGUAACUGCAGCAGUGGUUGUAAGGCUUUUCUGCUGCUUAACAUUGGAUUACUUCUGAAGCAUAAUUCCUUUGUCAUUUGAACGCUCCGCUGUGGAUCUUAUAUGCAAUAUGACUCUGGAAGAUUUAGCGGGAGAUAAAGCUACAGAAAGGAUGGACUAUGUGGGGAAUGCACUGGAAGAAGUCCUUGGUACCGCGUUGCUACAAAGAAAUGUCACUGUUGGAGUUCAUGAGGCUGCCAAACUGUUAAAUGUAGACCCCGACAGUGUGGUAUUGUGCUUGUUGGCGACGGACGAGGUGGAGGACCAGGACAUCGCCCUGCAGAUUCACUUCACUCUCAUUCAGGCGUUCUGCUGUGAGAAUGACAUUAGCAUUUUACGAGUCACUAACAUGAGUCGGCUGGCAGAAAUCUUAGGCACCGGCGUGGGCAGUGGGGGCACUGCGGAACCACUCGACCUACAUUGUGUUUUAAUCACUAAUCCUCAUGCAUCACCGUGGAAGGAUUCUGCACUCAGUAAGGUGAUAUGCUUUUGUCGAGAGAGUCGAUUUUUGGACCAAUGGGUGCCUGUGAUCAAUUUGCCUGAACGUUGACAGAUCUGUUAUAGCAUUCAGCAGAAUAUACAGGAUUUCAAAAGGAUUGUGUAACUUAAGUUGCUCAGGAAGAACCUCCACAUGCUGAAAAGUUACAAAAUGUUAACUUGGGACAAAACGGUUAAAACUGGAGUGGAGUGAGAAUAUUAAACUCCGUUUGUGCUGGGCUCUGGGAGGAUGAUUCUGCAGUUGGAAGCGUGCAAUAAAUCUGCAAACUGAAUCAUCCUUAUGUUAUACAGUGUCAGAUGGUGUAUGCAAAGGACUUCAUGGGGAAAAUGCCAGAAGACGUGUGGCAAUAGUGGAUGUUUUCAGAAAUGAAUUUUUACAAGUUUGUUUUUUUUUUUUUUUUUUUUUCUUUGCAAAACCUCUUAUUGAGAGUGAUGCAGACAGAUGAAUGUUUUUAAAAUUAGCAGAAGAAAAAGAAAAAUGCUAACAUCUGCAUACUCUGGACUAUUUCUUAUUUGAAGUUUUCUUACAGUGGGCUAAAUUAUUUUAAGAUAAAAAAAUAUUUAUGUUGUAAGUGUUGCAGUGUCCUACGUAAUGAACAGAUUGCUGGCACAUUUCUUUAAUAAAAUGUUGGCAACAUUCUGAUUAUG